CGCGGGUGUACCGCCUUAAUACCUCCCCUAAUACGGCUUCGCCGCCACGAGUAUUUAGUUCGUCAGGUUCAGACAGAUUGGUGCCUGACAGACAUCCCGUCUUCCCCGUGAUAAUUGAUCGAAACUGACGAAGUAGUCCGCCGGCCGGCUCUGCAUCUCCUCCGAAUCCGAUCAGAACUGUCCUUCGCGAAACAAAUCCCCUAUUAUAUCCUUCAAGAUUUCGGAUCAAAUUGUACCUGCAGGGAUAGGGUUUGGAGAUCCUGUUUAGAUUAGAGAGGGGGCCUGCGGUAUCCUGGAUCGCAGAUGGACAGUGGCCGCUCUGAUAUCGCGCGCGCUGCUAGCUGCUCCCCACGAUCCGGUGAAGCCUCUCCUGCUGCUGCUGUGACGGGGACAACAAGCGCACCUACUUCUGGUGAGCAUUCUUGUGCCAAGAAAGAGCUAGUAUGGCUUCGUUUCUUCAAGUGGAACCGAGGAGAAAAUCCCUGUGAAUCUAAACAAGAGCCAGAGGAAAUCGACGGACUUGACUGGGACGAUGAUAAGCUCGCCAAGGAGAUCGAUGGCUGUCUCCGGCGGUUGAAGGACACCCCCUUUGUCUACUACGGAGGCGCUAUUGAUGACGAGUCUUUUCCUUUCCUCGACGAGCAGCAGCUGAGAGUGUUGAACCGGCGCCUCGCGCUGUGUCGCAUCAGAGCUUAUGAGGAGAAAUACCAGGAUAUGGACGAUGAAGCACUGUUGGAGUUAUUCCCUCCUGACGAUCUCGAUGCCAAUGAGUACUAUUUGGAUCAUGAGCGCGGUUUUGAAUGGUACUUCGAUGAUGUAUACUGCCAAUAUGCUCACUUUCAGGACUACCAGCGGCUAAUGCUUCGGAAUAAUGGUGAGUAUGAAAAAUGGGAAUUUUACCGCAGAACUUGUAGUACGCUUGAGGGUGACCAGGAAUAUGUUCGGUUCUGGGAAGAAUUGUCAAGUAAAACUGAGUUGAUUGAAUGGUACAUAACAAGGACGACCUGCGAGUUAAAAGCUGAGAGACUGAUCUAUUAUCAUACACUCAAGAUUGCAGCAGUACAUCCCAAUGUUUACAAGACUUUAAUUAGAUCAGGCUGCAAUGAAUUUAGGCGCAGCUUGCAGAUUGAUUUUAUUUGGUCUCUGCCCUAUGCUGAUUUCCUUUUUGAGAUGUGGAAGCUGCUUACUGUGGAAGAGAUUUGAUUCUUUCUUGAAUACGCUGAACUAGGGAAGUUGUGUUUUCCCCUCUUUGUUCCAGCUUUACAUGCUUAUUGACAGAUAUUGGUUUUAAAAAAACAUUGCUUAGCUGACUUUCGAGGAUGCAUUGAUGCGUGUCUACAACGAUGACAAGUACUCUUUCAUUUUUGCAAUCCAGGCUGAGUUUGAGCCGAAUUUAUGUCCGUUGAAAGAAAUAUAUAAACCCUUCUUGGAUCGCAUUGGUGAAAAGGUGGCUGAAGAAGCCCAGGGGUUGAUCAUGGACUAUGUUACAAGACCUGGAAGGAAACCCAAGACAUACUAUGAUUACGUGAAAAAGAAGUUGGGCAUCGCUAAACAAAUCGGUUUGAUCCCCGCACCCUGUCAGCCCCCAAAAAAGCUCCGCAUGACAAAGCAGUUCAUUGUCACACUCUGAAGCAGGGGAUCGCAAUCAAAGAAUGAAAGGAAACUGUGGGCCGCAAAAUAUCUGUUUACCAUAUAUAUGUACCGCAAGAUUCAUUGUUUACUUUGUUAACUUAGGUAGCAUCCUAAUAUAUACACUAGAUAUUGAUGUUAAUGUUAGGCAUUAUCUGUGCUGCACGCGGCGGCAUGCCGCGCCGUACCGGUUGAUUUUUGCUAGGUUCUGGCGCUCUGAUUAGUGGCUCUGAUUGUUUUGUACAGUUUAACGGACAGCAUUGCCCACUUGCUCUACCUUUUCUUCAGUUUUUAGCAUGCAAUAGUUCUGCAGGCAAAGGAAAAGACAGUUAUAUUCA